AGUGUCAAUGUCGUUGUUGGAUCUAAUUUACUAAUAAAUUAGUUUUUGGGUGAAUUCCGAGUUUCAUUUACAGAGCAGCGGUAGGAUAUUGCUCAAAUAAUCGUUUCCGAUAGAGAGUGGUGAAUUGUGGCGAUUUUGUGAGGAAUUUGUGGGUCGCCAAGGCAAGGGCCAAAAAUUGAAGUUUUGGGAAUCUGUACCGUUUCAUUCGUAACAAAAUUGUGUUUUACGACUUGAAAUCGAACAAAUCAAUCGGGUGCUAGCCGAAUUUAUCUGGUUUUUCUGAUUUCUGACGAGUUCUAGGAGUUACGCAACCACACGCUGUCAAUUUUCAUUUGGGUGUGGCUCAAAAGGCGCGAAAAGUUUUCUGGUGAGAUUUUCGCAAUGGGGCGUCACAGGUACCGAGGAAAUGUGGACUCGGACGACUCGGACUCAAGUGACGAUGAGCCACGGCCGAAAAGGUCCGCGCCUGGGGUCUCCAGUACAGUAAAUUCACCCCCAGUUUCGGCCGAAUCCGCUAGAAUCGCGAGACUUGAGCAACUCGUGGAAAACUUGAAUCGACGUUUGCUAAACCGCAAUUUUGAGCACACAUCAGGACAAGUUGGCAUUAAAAGUGACCUGAUUCCUGAAUUCGCUCCAGGAAACCCCAAUUUUAGUACCACUAAGUGGUUGCAUAAAAUUGACCAAUUGGCUCUCGUGAACGGUUGGGACGAACGUACAACGAUUUACGGCAUGAUAAGUCGACUCAAGGGGUUGGCCAAGGAGUGGUACGACAAUCUCGAUCCCUCAGCAUACGACCGGAGCUGGGAUGAAUGGAAACGUUUGUUACAAGCCACCUUCCCCGAUCACCACGAUUAUGCUUCCACACUUCGUAAGCUAGUGAAUAGGGUGAAGGAAGAUGGGGAAACCUGGGCACAAUAUUAUUUUGGGAAAUUAAAUCUGUUGCAGGCUUGUGACAUAACAGGAACGAAUGCAGUCUCCUGUCCUAUUGAUGGAAUCACUGACGUGACUCUCAGAAAUGGGGCUAGAGCAGGGCGUUACGUUACACCCGAAAGCUUGUACGCUGAGUAUUUGUCGACUCUGAGAUCCGAAGGUGACAAGCGGGAUACGCUCGCAAAGCAGGCGCCUCGGGAAAGGAGGAGGUUCCUUCCAAGUCGAGUCGAAGCACAAAAACUGUAUUCGUCAGUUCGGUGUUACAAUUGUCGUAAUCGAGGACAUGUUGCGACAAAGUGCCCGAAACCAAGAAUUGAGUGCAAGAAAUGUGGUCGCAUUGGACAUGUGGAUGCUGAGUGCCGACGUGGUAACUUAGUAAAAGAAAACAUGUCUAAGCAGGCACUAACGACAAGUGUAGCUGACGCAAGUAAUAAUAAGAAUUAUUACAUAGACAUUAAGGUCAAUGGUAAGCCGACGCGAGCUUACAUUGACUCAGGAGCUGAACCGGUCCUUGUCAAGCAAAGUGUUGCUAGAGAAUUGGGACUGAUGUGGCAGCCAAGUUUACAUUUGAUUCGUGGUUAUGGCCAGGGAAUCACCAAAGUGCAUGGGGAAGUCGAAGUAGAGCUAGAAGUGGAUCUUGUCAAGGCAAACGUAAAAGCUUUGAUCGUCGAAGACAGUGCACAACGUGUGCCUGUCAUAGUGGGACAGACUUUCCUGAAUGCGGGUGCUAAUACGAUUAUAGCAAAUGAGGAAGCUGUGAGAGUAGUUGACGGAAACAACGAAUCGAUCCAAGCAUUUCUAGGCCAACUUCCGACACGAAAAGUUGCACUUUGGGCGGAAGAGGAAACAGUGAUCCCUCCUCAAUCCAUUGGUUGCAUACGAAUCAAGGCAAAAGACGAUGGGUGGAAAGGAGCUUAUUACGUUGAAGGGUGUCAACGUUCGAGACCAGGGUUCGAACACGUUGUUCAUCGGUGUGUCACAUGUGAUGGAGGCCUAGUGACCGUUCGCAAUCUAUCGCACCAAGAUCUGGUCUAUCGAAAGGCGCAAAUCGUUGCGAGAGCUGAGCCUUGCGAGCAGGAAAGGACAGCUACGACGACUUUAAAAGACAUCUUGACGAGCAGACCAGUUCUUGCAAUUUACGACGCGGAAGCUGAAACGGAGUUACACACUGACGCUUCUAAAGUUGGAAUUGGUGGCAUUCUGUUGCAACGACAAGGUGAUGGAUCUUUGCGUCCAGUUAUGUUUUUCAGCCGACAGACGACCAAAGAGGAACAAAGGUACCACUCGUACGAGCUAGAAACGCUAGCGGUGGUCUGUUCUCUCAAACAUUAUCGAGUAUACUUGUUGGGGCUUCAAUUCAAGGUGAUCACAGACUGUAAUGCUUUACGAACAACCCUUACCAAGAGAGAUUUGAUUCCACGAAUUGGGAGAUGGUGGUUGUUGACUUCUGAGUUCGACUUUACUGUAGAAUACAGACCUGGCAGUAAAAUGAGUCACGUUGACGCUUUGAGUAGAAAUCCGGUAUUAGAUCCUUCGGAGCCUUCAGUGGAAGUCUUGCAUAUUAAUGUUAACGAUGAUGAUUGGAUUUUAGCUGUUCAAAUGAAGGAUGCGAGAUGCGCAUUGUUGAAGGAAAUAUUGGAAAAAUCACCGACGAACGCUGAAGAGCGUGCCAUUCACAAAGAGUAUAAACUAAAAGAUGGUCGAGUAUUCAAACAGACUGAGUCAGGAUUAAAAUGGGUCGUACCAAAAGCGGUAAGACGCCAGAUUUUAUUAGCACACCACGAUGGAAUUGGCCAUUUAUCGAAUGAGAAAACUUUGGCAUCUGUGUCGAAAUCUUAUUGGUUUCCUUCAAUGCGGAGGUAUGUUCAUAAAUAUAUUUCUAGCUGCUUGGAGUGUCUCUACAAUAAGGAAGCCGGAGGAAAGCAGCCAGGAUUUUUGAAUCCCAUACCUAAGAAUUCGCAACCAUUUGACACAUUGCACAUGGAUCAUUUGGGACCAUUUGUAAAGAGCAAAUCACAUAAUUCUUAUCUUUUAGCUAUUAUCGAUGCAUUUACUAAAUUUGUCUUCUCAGGGCCGUGCCUAAUACUAAGGUGGGCCCUGUUUUAUCAUUUUUAGCUUCUCUUACAGGAAUGUUUGGUGUACCUAAACGUAUAAUAGCCGAUCGUGGGGCUUGUUUUUCUAGCAAAAAGUUUAAGACACAUUGUACCGAUUUAAACGUUAAAUUAGUACUAACCGCGACUGCUACACCACGGGCUAACGGCCAGGUGGAGCGAUUGAAUCGUACGAUUUUAUCUCAGCUUGCUGCUAGCUCGAGAGAAGAAGAGAAAUGGGAUGACUUUGUGAGUAGAAUUAGUUGGGGUAUUAAUUCUACGCCGAAUUCGACUACGGGCAAAAGUCCAUACGAAUUGUUGUUGGGGUAUACACCUCGACAUGCUAAUGACUCAAUCCUCACCAACGUGGUGACAGAGGGUGUUCAUGAUGGUGAUUUGCCACGGACACGAGCAGACGUUGCUCAGCGUGUCGAAAAGGAACAGCAGAAGCAAAAAGAGCGUUAUGACAAGCGACGCUGUGCCCCAAAGAGAUUUAAUGCAGGUGAUCUCGUGUUGGUACGCACCACGCGAGCUUCAAACGAGGGCAAAAGUCGGAAGCUGUUACCUAAAUAUUCGGGACCGUACCGAAUUCAGAAAGUGCUCGACUACGAUAGGUACGUCGUGACGGACAUGCCGGGGGCGACGCGUUCCCAAAAACGAUAUGAGGGUGUUCACUCAGUGGACAAAUUGAGACAUUACGUUGUCGCCACGACGAGUGGAGACGAAACAAUAGGCGAUGUCAGUGACGAAUGACUGAGUUCGCUGUGAAGCUGAGUGAAGUUCAACGUGAACUCACGAUUUUGGGCCCAAAUGUUGUUUUUAAGCGCUUUACGUUGAAACUCAUGAGUUAAUGAUUUAUUAUUGUUGUUAUUGUUCUUGUCCUUGUUAUUGUUCUUCUACUUAUUGUUGAGGUUACUGAUCUUGUUGGUGUUGGUGAUCUUAUUGUUGUUGUUGUUGGUGUUCUUAUUGUUGUUCUUAAUUAAUUCUCAACGUGAGAAACACGAUUAUGGUUAUUUUCAGAUUCAUUCUCAACGUGAGAAACACGAUUAUGAUUAUUUUCAGAUUCAUUCUCAACGUGAGAAACACGAUUAUGAUUAUUUUCAGGUUGUUUAUAAAUAGUUCUUAAGUGGGACUCGGGCUGUAGAUGCAUACUACGGCUCGGAUACAUGGUAUUGGUUAAUUACUUGUUUUAGAAACACCGGUGGUUCCCCGAGGACGUGGAACACGGAAGCGUGGCCGACUGUUAAGUGAAGGGGGCGCUGCUGGUGAAAUUGGCGGGAAAUGAUGACGCGUGAGAGGCGUACGGGCAAC